AUGAAGUUCUUCACUCUCCUCCUCUCCUUAGCCGCAGUCUCCAAUGCUGCCCCAACAGGGAUCUUCGAUAACAACUUUGAUUUCUCCGAAGACCUUCUUGACUACUAUGGCAAAGUGAGCCAGUAUAUCGACAAAUACCGACAAAACCCCGGCGCUGCCUAUGCAUGCGAUGUUAGCAAGAUUGCUCUUCCAUCUUACGCUGCCGGCCUGGCGGAUCAACCCUCGGGUUUGAAACCCAAGUAUGUCGCAUUGGGCCGUGGCACACAGAACUACACCUGUGCCGAUUCUACCAAGGAGACCACCCCUACUGCAAUCGGCGCCGUGGCAGACCUCUUUAAUGCGACUUGUAUUGCGGCUAACUACCCUGACCUUAUGGAAUUGAUGCCCAACGCCGCCUACAGAAUGUCGCUGCCCACUGAUACGAAGCUCCUCAGCAGCCUUCGUCUUCCUCUUGGCAAUAUGCAGCUCCUUGGCCACCACUUCUUCCACGACGCUACCACCCCAGAGUUCAACCUGGAUACCACCAUCGACAGGCAGUUUGGCGUGCUGAUGACCAACAAGGUCAGCCAGCUCAAGGCUCCUUCCAAUGCCUUCCAGGGACAAAAUGGGGCUGUGGCCUGGUUAUACCUCAAGACUGUCGCAGGCACUGUUGGCGACUACAAGGCCGUCUACCGAGUGAACACUGCUUCCGGUGCAGCCCCGAAGACUUGCGAAGGACAGCCUCCCUCUUUUGAGAUGCAGUACUCAGCCAACUACUAUUUUUUUGACUAG